AUGGAAAUCAGAGUGGUUAGGCGCAAACAUCCUCACAAGUAUUCUUACAACUUGAGGUCAAAUCACCAACCACCAGACCAGGGCAUUGAAUGCGUUCCCACGGCCAAGGGAUAUCAGGGCGGUGGCCAAGAUUUACCGGGAAUUAUGGGGGUCACACCACCAUGCUUCACGAUCCCAAAUGUCGAUUUGACCACCCACUUGCCCCGAUCAGGCUCCACCACGCAGAUCUUUUCAGCCUCGAUUGUCCCUCCAGGACUCCCUCUAUAA